ACAGUUGUAAACAUAUAAUGCAUAUAUCUAACAAAAAUACGGGUUUCGUAUAAGAAUUUCAAAGAGCAAGGCGAAAUUGUUGUUUCGUCGGUUAGGACAAGAAUGAAGCGUGAGUUUGCGAUGUUGAUGAAGUCACAAGCUGGAUGGGGGAUUGGGAGUGGUGAAAAGAGGGGUACAAGGUUGAGUAGUCAGAAUAGUCCUAGUAAUGGGGGGAGUGGUAGUAAUGUUAAGGGUUCGUUGAAAAAACGGAAAAAAGAGGCAAAAAAUGGAGUUUUUAGUGAAGAUUUGGGGGAUUCGAAGGUUGUUGUUGUUGGUGAGGAAUUGGAGAGUAAUGGGGUUGUGAAAAGGGAAGAAAAUGUGGUUCUUUUGAGUGAAGAGGAGGAGCCGAAGAGUGAUGUUGAGGUGUCUGUAAAAAAAGGGAAAACUGAGGUGAAAAAUGGAGCUUUUACUGAAGAUUUGGGGGAUUCUAAGGUUGUUGUUGUUGGUGGAGAAAUGGAGGGAAAUGGUGUGGUGAAAAGGGAAGAAAAUUUGGUUUUGUUCAGUGAAGAGGAGGAACCGAAGAGCGAUGUGGUGGAUUGCAAUAGUGAUGAUGAGAAGAAAGGUAAAAUGGAUGAAGAAGCUGUUGGCUCUGAUGAAAAGAAUGAGACUGGAGAAGAAGGAAAUGCUGACAUGCAAAAUUGUGGGGAUGAUACUAAGAUCGAAAUGGGUAAAAAAGCGAAAAUGAAUGAUGGUUUUAUUGAACCAAUACCUGAAAUUGUUCCUGAAUUAGUUGUUGGUGGUAAAGAUGAUCAAAAUCGUGGAGAUGAUAUGGAGACUGAAAUGCCUAAUACAGUGAAGACCAGUGACUGCAUUGUUGAAGCAAUGCCUGAUAUUGUUCCUGAAUUAGCUGUUACUGCUGAGGGUGAUGAAAACGAUGUGCAAAAUUGUCGAGAUGAUAGUAAGACUGAAUUGCCUAAAACAGGGAAUGCUAGUGAUUGCAUUGUUGAAGCAAUGUCUGGAAUUGUUCCUGAAUUAGCUGGUACUGCUCAGGUUGAUGGUAAAAAUGAGCAAAAUUGUGGAGAUGAUUCGAAGACUGAAAUGCUCAAAACAGGGAAGGUCAGUGAUUGCAUUGUCCCUGAAAUUGUUCCUGAAUUAGCUGUUACUGCUCAGGUUGAUGGUAAAAAUGAGCAAAAUUGCGGAGAUGAUACGAAGACUGAAAUGGCUAAAACAGUGAAGGCCAGUGAUGGCAUUGUCGAAGCAAUGCCUGAAAUUGUUCCUGAAUUAGCUGUUAAUGCUCAGGGUGACGGUAAAGAUGAGCAAAAGGUGUUAUUACAGACACCUAUGAGGCGGUUUACUAGGUCUGCUUUGAAACCAAAAGAGGAUGUAAAGGUAUCUCAGUGCGAUAGCGUUAAGAUUGAGGAGGUUCGCGAAACCGAUUUUGCAGGAACCAUGUCUGCUCCUGCAAAGUUGGAGUUGAAGAUGUCCAAGAAAGUUGCACUAACUAAAAUUCCCACAAAGUUGAAAGAUCUUCUUGAUACAGGUUUGCUGGAGGGUCUACCUGUUCGCUACAUUCGUGGCCCCACGAAGGGGAGAGGGCGUCCAGGAAAAGGACUUCGCGGAGAGAUUAGAGGGUCGGGAAUAUUGUGCUUCUGUGAUAACUGUCAUGGGACAUCCGUCGUUACACCGAAUCAAUUUGAGCUGCAUGCCAAUAGUGCCAACAAACGUCCACCAGAAUACAUCUAUUUGGAGAAUGGAAAAACUCUGAGGGAUGUAUUAAGUAUGUGUAAAGAUGCUUCUGAUGAUGAAGUGGAAUUAGUGAUAAAAAAUGCCAUCGGGAGUGCGGAUGCCAAAUUAUGUUCUUCAGCAUGCAUGACCCCAAAGGAGUUUAAAUCUACCCCUGCUCAAAUUAGUGAAGCUAGUAGCAGGUCCACAUCAUCUAUGCCUGCUACAAAGUUGACCGAUCGAAUGCCUUCUGGCAGUGGAACUCAAAGCAAAGCUCACGGGAAGUUAACUAGAAAGGACCUCCGCAUGCACAAACUUGUAUUCGAGGAAGGUGCACUUCCUGAUGGAACUGAAUUAUCAUAUUUUGUCCGAGGAGAGAAAUUGCUCGAGGGUUAUAAGAAAGGUCAUGGAAUUUAUUGCUACUGUUGCAAUACUGAGGUCAGUCCUUCACAGUUUGAGGCUCAUGCAGGUUGCGCUUCUCGCCGGAAACCUUAUUUGUACAUAUAUACUUCCAACGGGGUGUCUCUGCAUGAGUUGUCUAUCAAACUUUCAAAAGAACGGAGGUCCUCAGCUGAGGAAAAUGAUGAUCUCUGCUCCAUAUGUGCUGACGGAGGGGACCUCCUGUGCUGUGACAAUUGUCCAAGAGCUUUUCACUCAGAGUGUGUUUCUUUGCCAAGUAUUCCCACGGGUACCUGGUAUUGUAAAUACUGUGAAAAUAUGUUUGCAAAAGAAAGAUUUGUUGAGAAUAAUGCCAAUGCUAUAGCUGCUGGGAGGGUUGCUGGAGUUGAUGCCAUCGAACAGAUAACAAAACGAUGUAUUCGUAUGGUGGAAGCUUUAGACACUGAAGUUAGUGUUUGUGUGCUCUGCAGGAAUCAGGAUUUCAGCAAAUCAGGAUUUGGCCCACGGACAGUAAUUAUUUGUGAUCAGUGUGAGAAGGAGUAUCAUGUUGGAUGUUUGAAGGAGCACAACAUAGAUGAUUUACAGGAAUUGCCAAAAGAUAAAUGGUUUUGCUGCACAGACUGCAGUAGAAUUCAUUUUGCUCUGGGAAAGCUGGUGUCAGAAGGAGAACAGAACAUUCCAGAGUCUUUGUUGAAACUUUUGAAGGAAAAGAACGAAAGAAAAGAUUCAGAGAAUAAUGAGAAUAACUCCAGUCUUGACAUUAAAUGGCGGCUGCUAAGUGGGAAAAUGUCAUCCGAAGAAACAAGGGUCUGGCUAUCUGGUGCUGUUUCAAUUUUCCAUGAGCGAUUUGACCCAAUUGCUGAUGCAAGUACUAGCCGUCUAGAUUUGAUCCCACACAUGGUCUAUGGAAGGAAUUUAAAGGACCAAGACUAUGGAGGGAUGUUCUGCGCAAUACUAUUGGUCAAUUCAUUGGUUGUUUCUGCUGGCAUUAUCCGUAUUUUUGGCAAGGAAGUGGCAGAACUCCCUCUAGUUGCGACAAGUACUAAAUGUCAAGGACAGGGCUACUUUCAAUCUUUGUUUUCUUGUAUUGAGAACCUUCUGCAGUCCCUGAAUGUAGAAAACCUUGUACUUCCUUCAGCAGAAGAAGCAGAGUCAAUCUGGACAAAUAGAUUUAGCUUUAAGAAGAUCGACCAAGAACAGCUGAAAAACUAUCGGAAAAAUUACCAGAUGAUGGUUUUUUCUGGAACGUCGAUGCUGCAGAAGCAAGUUGGGAGUUCUAAAUCUGAUGGUUAAACGUUGGCUUUGUGUCCUUUAUUUUACCAAAGAGAAACAAUUGAAUUUUAGAGAAGAUGCAUGAUUUGUUCUGCACAUAUUUUGUGGAAAAUGGGUUCGAUUUUCUUUCCUGUGACAGUGGAUGUACAGUGCUCUAGUUUCAUUUUGGUGGUAUAUAUUAGGGGAAUAGUUUAGUGUCUGUGAAUGUACAUCAGUUGUUAGUAGGGGCUAUUAUUUGGAAACAUUGGGCUGUCUCAGUUUUGGAAGUUGCCAACUGUGAAAUUCAGCAGGAUUUAGAUGUAGUAUGUUAUCUUGUUUCUCUCAAAUGAGAAGGUCCAAUGCUACUGUAAUGGCUCCAUUUUUGCUACAUUAACAACUGAAAAGUCGGCUUUGUUUAUCAUACUACUUUUGGUUUGUUAUUUUAAUCAUUACCAACCCUCUUUCCUUUU